AUGUCAUCGCCCGGUCCUCCAAGUGGCGGUGCACCAAAAAAGACCAAAGUUAAAAAGAAAAUAACUAAAAAGAAAAAGGAAGAUGAAGAAAAAGUGCGUAAAGAUGGAUCGGCAACUGAUGAAACAGCAUCAAAUAGUGAUCGUAGAGAAGAAGGUGCUGCAAGUGCGCCUGAAAAGAAGCCACAAAGUGCGGGAGCUUCAAUGCGAGAUGCUGCUCAGAGAAUUCUCACACUCGCUCUUAAAGGAGAGUGGACAGCCGUUGAAGGUGUCGUUAAGUCACUGGAAAAGGCUGUUGAGAAAGCAAAAGCUGCAUCUGAAGAGGAGAUUUACCUGGCCCCUAUGGCUGGUGUUCUCGAUCCUAUGACUGGAAACACACCACUUAUGCUGGCUGUUAAGGAUAACAAAACACCACUUAUAGAUAGACUAGUAGACUUGGGUUCAGAUGUUUGUGCCCGUAAUAAUGAUAAUUAUAAUGUUCUCCAUGUUGCCUCAAUGUAUUCACGUGAAGAUGUAGUGAAAGCAUUACUUUCUAAAAAAGGAGUCGAUCCGUAUUCAACAGGAGGCUCUCGUUCACAAACUGCUGCCCAUCUUGUGGCAAGUCGCCAAACAGGAACUGCCACAAGUAUACUUAAGACUAUCUUAGCUGCUGCUGGAAAGGAUAUUAGAACAAAGGCUGAUAAUAAUGAUUUAAAACUGCGUCAAGCAAAUGGUUCACUAAGAGAUCCUUUAAGUGAUACUUCUUCAAAUUCAUCCGUUAAGCAACAACGUCAAAAUGAAGCAAUGCAAAAACUAGGAUCAAUUUUCAAAAAGAAAACUGAACAAAGUCGUCAGCCAGAUUCAUGGCAGUUACUAAUUAAAAAUCUUCUUAAUUCGCAGCGUGGUAAAUUACCGCUUUUAUUAGCCGUGGAAGCAGGAAAUCAAUCAAUGGUGAGAGAACUUUUAGCAUCGCAAACAGCAGAACAAUUAAAGGCUACUACAACAACAGGCGAUACCGCACUACAUUUAGCAGCACGUCGUCAUGAUACAGAUAUGGUACGAAUUCUGGUUGAUUAUGGAGCAAAUGUCGAUACACAAAAUGGUGAGGGACAAACUGCAUUACAUAUUGCAGCCGCAGAAGGAGAUGAGGCACUUGUCAAAUAUUUUUAUGGUGUGAGAGCUUCAGCUCAUAUUGUAGAUAAUCAAGAUCGAACACCUAUGCAUUUAGCAGCGGAGAAUGGACAUGCAUCAAUCAUUGAACUACUUGCUGAUAAAUUUAAAGCCAGUAUCUACGAAAGAACAAAAGAUGGAAGUACAUUGAUGCAUAUUGCAUCACUUCAUGGACAUGCUGAAUGUGCGCAAAUGUUAUUUAAGAAAGGAGUUUUUCUUCAUAUGCCAAAUAAAAGUGGUGCUAGAAGUAUUCACACUGCCGCAAGAAAAGGCCACGUCGGAAUCAUCAAUACAUUACUGCAAAAGGGAGAGCAUGUAGAUGUAACAACAAAUAAUAACUAUACAGCACUCCAUAUAGCAGUGGAGUCUGCUAAACCUGCAGUCGUAGAAACACUUUUGGGGUAUGGUGCAGAUCUACACAUACAAGGUGGAAAAUUAAAAGAAACACCACUUCAUCUUGGUUCUCGUGUACCUGAUGGAGAUAGGUGUGUUCUUAUGUUAUUAAAAUCAGGUGCAAAUCCUAACAUAACGACUGAAAAUGGUGAAAGUCCUGUGCAUGUGGCAGCCCGCUAUGGAAAUGUAGUGACGUUAGAUUUACUUUUAGAAGAUAUGGGAGAUCCUUUGCUGAAAUCAUAUGUUGGUGAAACACCACUUCAUUUAGCUUGCCGGAAUUGUCAUCCAGAAAUUGUGAAGCAUCUUAUAAAUUUUGUGAAAGCACACCAUGCACCAGAUACAGCAAUUAAUUAUAUAAAUGCAACAAAUAACGACGGUGAAACUGCUCUCCAUAAAGUGUGUCAAAUUAAUAGAGAAGAAGUCAAAGUGCCAGAAUCAGAUAAAGAAAUUGUAAAGAUGCUUCUCGAAAAUGGUGGUGAUGUUUCAAUACAGACAAAAUCAGCAACAGAAACAUGUUUUCAUUACUGUGCUAUCGCUGGAAAUAACGAUGUUCUUACAGAAAUGUUGUCUCACAUGACAGCGACUGAUAUUCAAAAAGCAAUAAAUCGUCAAUCAUCAGUGGGAUGGACACCGUUACUUAUAGCAUGUCAUAAAGGUCAUAUGGAUUUUGUAACAACAUUAUUGGCUAAUCAUGCGAGAGUAGAUGUUUUUGAUACAGAAGGUCGUUCAGCGUUACAUUUAGCAGCCGAACGAGGUUACUUACAAGUCUGUGAUGCUCUCCUUAAUAACAAGGCUUUUAUCAAUUCAAAGUCGCGUGUCGGUCGGACUGCAUUACAUUUAGCUGCCAUGAAUGGCUUCUCACAUCUUGUUAAAUUUCUCAUACGUGAUCAUAAUGCUGUGAUUGAUAUUCUUACGUUACGAAAACAAACACCAUUACAUUUGGCAGCUGGUAAUGGGCAAUUAGAGGUUUGUAAAUUACUAUUGGAACUAGGUGCCAGCAUUGAUGCAACAGAUGAUUUAGGACAGAAGCCAAUUCAUGUAGCAGCACAAAAUAAUUUUUCCGAAGUAGCCAAAUUAUUUUUAGAACAACAUCCACAACUUGUAAUGGCAACAAGUAAAGAUGGAAACACAUGUGCCCAUAUCGCAGCUAUGCAAGGAUCCGUAAAAGUGAUAGAAGAGUUAAUGAAAUUUGACAGAACUGGAGUGAUAAACGUGAGAAAUAAACUGACUGAUUCAACGCCUUUACAAUUAGCAGCCGAAGGUGGACAUGCAGAAGUAGUGAAAGCAUUAGUUCGUGCAGGUGCAUCAACUACUGAUGAAAAUAAAUCAGGAUUUACUGCAGUACAUUUAGCAGCAAAGAAUGGACAUGGACCAGUUUUGGAAGUGAUGAGAACAUCAGGUUCAUUAAGAUCAUCAAGUAAAAAACUCGGUCUCACACCGCUCCAUAUUGCGGCAUAUUAUGGACAAGCUGAUACAGUACGCGAAUUGUUAGUUACAGUUCCUGCUACUGUAAAAUCGGAAUCACCAACAGGGCAAUCUCUUGUGCCAGAAUUAGGAACUGAAUCCGGACUUACACCAUUACAUUUAGCAUCAUACUCUGGAAAUGAAAACGUCGUACGAUUAUUGCUUAACUCUGCUGGUGUUCAAGUUGAUGCUGGUACUUCCGAAAAUGGCUAUAAUCCAUUGCAUCUCGCAUGUUUUGGUGGUCAUGUUUCUAUUGUGGGUCUCUUACUUAGUAGAUCAGCAGAAUUACUUCAUAGUACAGAUCGUCAUGGCAAAACUGGAUUGCAUAUUGCAGCAAUGCAUGGGCACUAUCAAAUGGUGGAAGUCUUGUUGGGUCAGGGUGCAGAAAUUAAUGCAACAGACAAAAAUGGAUGGACACCACUUCAUUGUUGUGCAAAAGCAGGUUUUCUAGAUGUUGUUAAAUUAUUGGUCGAGUCUGGUGCAACACCAAAAAGUGAGACUAAUUAUGGAUGUGCACCGAUUUGGUUUGCAGCAUCGGAAGGUCACAAUGAUGUUCUAAAAUAUCUGAUGCACAAAGAGCACGAUACAUAUGCUCUAAUGGAGGACAAACGAUUUGUAUAUAACCUAAUGGUUGUGUCAAAAAAUAACAAUAAUAAACCAAUAGAAGAGUUUAUUCUUGUUUCACCGGCACCUGUUGAUGCGGCUGCAAAACUUUCAAAUAUAUAUAUUGUUUUGUCAACAAAAGAAAAAGAAAGAGCUAAAGAUUUAAUUGCAGCAGGUAAACAAUGUGAAACCAUGGCAACGGAAUUAUUAGCACUUGCUGCUGGUGCUGAUUCAGCAGGAAAAGUUUUGACAGCUAUUGAUAGGAGAAAUGUUGAGUUUCUCGAUGUACUAAUCGAAAAUGAGCAAAAAGAGGUCAUUGCUCAUACAGUUGUUCAACGAUAUCUUCAGGAACUUUGGCGAGGAUCUUUGAACUGGACAGCAUGGAAAAUAAUGCUUCUUUUCAUCGGUUUCAUAGUAUGUCCUCCGAUAUGGAUUGUUUUUACACUGCCGUUAGGUCAUAAAUAUAACAAAGUGCCUAUUAUAAAAUUUAUGUCAUAUCUAACAUCGCACAUUUACUUGAUGAUUCAUCUAAUGUUUGUUGGUAUCAUGCCUUUAUAUCCGGUUGUGAGACCUAGCUUAUUGCCAUAUUGGUACGAGUGGGGAUUGCUAGUAUGGCUAAGUGGUCUUCUUCUCUUCGAGUUAACAAAUCCAAGUGACAAAUCAGGCCUUGGAAGCAUAAAAAUACUUGUGCUUCUAUUUGGGAUUGUUGGUGUUGGUUGCCAUGUUGCUGGAAUGACAUUAAUUGAGAAAGCUUACUGGCCGACUUUAAUGUACAUAAGAAAUCAAUUUUUCGCGUUAUCAUUUUUACUAGCUUGUGUGCAAAUUUUGGACUUUUUAUCGUUUCAUCAUUUGUUUGGUCCAUGGGCUAUUAUUAUUGGGGAUUUGUUAAAAGAUUUAGCUCGAUUCUUGGCUGUGUUAGCCAUUUUCGUCUUUGGUUUUUCAAUGCACAUUGUUGCACUUAAUCAAUCGUUUGCAAACUUAACCCCCGACGAUAUUCGAAGGCUUCAACGGACUGUAAACCAAGCUGGAUAUUUUCAUGAUGUCCGCUUAAAUCCGAUCACAUCAUUUGAGUUAUUAUUCUUUGCUGUAUUUGGUCAAACAACAACUGAACAGACACAAGUUGAUAAAAUUCAAACACCUUCAGUUCGAACACAGCCUUUAUGGACAGAUUAUUUGUUCAAAAUGGUAUUCGGUGUUUAUAUGUUAGUAUCAGUAAUUGUACUUAUCAACUUGCUGAUUGCUAUGAUGUCUGAUACAUAUCAGAGGAUUCAGGCCCAAUCUGAUAUUGAAUGGAAGUUUGGAUUAUCAAAGUUGAUAAGAAAUAUGCAUAGGACGACGACAGCACCAUCUCCUUUAAAUCUUGUGACCACUUGGUUUGUUUGGGUUGUUGAAUUUUGUAAAAUUAAAUUUUUAAAGCGGAAACGUCCGAGUUUUGCCCAAAUGGUUUUAUCUAGAGGAGGUGCGCCUCAAAGUCCUCGUAGCAAAGCAGGAUCACAAACAAGUUUCGGUACACUCAAUCAAACGCGUAUCGAAAACGUUGCUGAUUGGGAAGCAAUUGCUAAGAAAUAUCGAGCUUUGGUUGGCCUAGACGGAGAAGAUUCUGGUUCAAUGAAGGAUGGAUCAGACGAUGAAAAAUCAAAACAUGGUGAAGAUGGAGCUAUUGCCAUUGGUGGAGCAUCUGCACAACAAACACAACAGAUCAACAGUGCAGCUGCUAAUCUUGUUUAAAUGUCUUCAACAUUUUAUAAUCUGAAAUUUUUUAUGUGCCAAUCAUAUUUACUAAAAACAUUAAUUGACUUAUUCUCCCAAUCGUCUCUUUCCUAUAAAGAGAAAAUUUAUCGUUAACAAACUUAAUACGAUAAAUCAUACAAGAAUUUUUUUGUAAAGCUGGAAAAAUA